AUGAAGCUCACCAUCUCCGCCCUCACCGCCGCCGCCUACCUGGCCCUCUGCACCUCCGUUGUCGCUCGACAGGACAUCCCGUACGCCCGUCGAGGCCCCGGCGGUGCCAUCAUCAAGAUCCGCCAGGACGACUCGUUCGACUAUUCCAAUUCUACCUCCAACGACACGGGGGCUGUCGGCUUUGACAACUCUACCGCCGUCGACGUGGGCAACAGCACCACCAACGAGACCUCCUUUGGCGGCUCUGACAACUCUACCGCUGUUGACCUUGGCAAUUCGACCGCCACCGCCACCGCCAGCUCGUCGGCUGUCUCCGCCACCGAGAGCGCGUCGGAUGACGAUGACUACGACUCUGAUGAGGAUGAUGAAGACGAUGAGGACUGUGAAGAGGAGGAUGAGACUUCCAGCGUGGCCGGCUCCGCUGAGGCCACCCAGGCCGCGUCGAGCACUGUCUCUGACACCGUUUCCACCUCUCCCGUUACCAGCUCUGCUGCGCUCAACCAAGCUGCUGCGGCCACGGCUUCUGCCGAGGAGACUUGUGAUGGCUCUGUUAGCACCGUCUACGCGACCGUGACUGUCACUGCUACUGUGACUGCCGGUGCAUCGGAUGCUUCUACCACCAGCGGUGCUGCCGGAGUUGUUGCCGCUGCCGUCGACUCUACAUCUUCUGUCACCGCCGACGCAUCGACUUCCACCGAGAGCGCUACCUCUACCACUGAUGACGAGGACGAGGAGGACGAGGAGGACGACGAUGAUGAGGAUUACCCCGACUGUGAAGACGAGGAUGAGGACACUACUACCACUGUCUCGCAAUCUCCUACUGCCGCUUCUUCCGCCGCGAGCUCGACAUCGUCUGCCGUUGCGAGCGAGGAAGAUGAUGAGGAAUGCGAGGACGAGGAUGAAGAGGAGACUGACUCUUCCACCGUUGUAUCUGCCACUGGUUCUUCUUCCGCCUCUUCCAGCGUUGUCUCUGCUACCGCCAGCACCACUCCUGUCGAGGUCAUUGAUACCGAUAGCCAGAGCGCCUCUCAGAACGUCACUCUUCCCACCGAGACUGAUUCCUUUGCCAACGUGACUGAGAGCGCCACCUCUGUGCUUUCUUCUGAGACUGCUUCUGUCUCCGCCACGGCCUCUUCGAGCGCUGCUGAAUUGCUUGCUUCUGGUUCCACCAGUGCCUCUUGGAGCGCCAGCGAGAGCGCAUCCGAGUCUGCCUCCGAGUCUGCCUCCGUGUCUGCCUCCGAGUCUGUGUCUUCGACCGAGUCUGCGUCGAGCUCUUCCGAAUAUGCGUCCUCGAGCGAGACUGCCAGCGCCACCCCCACCCUCACCCCCACCGAGAGCGCUUCUGAGUCGGCCUCCUCUUCCGCCAACACAUCUCCCGUGACUGUUGUGGCUGCCGAUGCUUCGGCCGCUGCCGACGUUGCGGUCAAGCGACGAGUUGCCUUCUGGGCCUAA